GGAAUAGAGAGUCAUGAACAGUCAGUUUACCCAUUCCUAGGUUUAAUUUUUUUUUUUCUAAAUUUAGGAAAUCUAAAAGUUCAUUUCGUGGAAGAUGACUAAUUGACUAUGCGACAGACUCAGAAUUAUAUAAAAUGGUCUUAUUUGGAGGAUUUUCCAAAGUUGUUGCUUGUUUCUAUCUUUAGUUGUUUACUUUUCAAAGUUUAUUCCAAACAGUGAUAUUUGUAAGCAGACAACGACCAGAGUGCUCAACGUAAAAUUAAUGUCCCAAAACAAGUUGAUCUUUUCUUACGUAUGGCGUCAAAACCAGACUGAUCCGGUCAGCUUUGAUGACCAAGGCUCUUGCUUUAUUAUGAUUCAACUCUCAUUUCUUUUCUCAUUGUUUGAAAACAAAAUCUCUCUCUACCAAUAUUCUUUUUGUUUUGUAUCAUUUGCUGCUCUGCUCAUUUGAUAUAUCUCUGGCCAGCCAGGAUAAAGCUUGCUCACACCUGGGGUAUCUUUCUUUUUGUUUUUAACUUAAUAAUUUUCGAGUUUUCAACCAAAAGGGAGAUAGUAAUGGAAAUAUGCGCAUCUUCUUCUUUUGCUUUGUGGGCUUCUGCUUCGAUUUCUGCAAUAUUUUGCUGCUUGUUUUUCGCAAUCGUGGCAUUUCUGUUCGCAGUAGUUGGCACAACCUUGGGAGCCAUUUCUGGAGCUAUGGUAGGAGUGAAAAGCGAGAGUGGGUUAUUUCAUGGAGCCACAGUUGGAACUAUUAUGGGGUUUAUUCUCUCUGCUGAAAUCUUUUUAGUAUCUUUUGGUGUUUGGGAUUCUGAUGAUUUAGCUAUUGGAUGCUUCGUUUCUUUGAUUGAACUUGCUUCAAACUACCUAAAGGGAAUACUCAUACGAGGAAGGCUUAGUCCAACCAACCAAGCUCAAGAAGAAAGUCAGGCAGAUGCAUUCAGUAUAGUUCAGAAUGAGGUCCAUCGGGAAAAGAAGCAUUCUUCAAAGAUUAGGCUUACACCUGAAAACAUUGUGGAGACCUUAUGGAAUGGACCAUCUUGCUCGAUUUGCCUUCAGGACUUCGACUUGGGGGAAACAGUUUGUUGCUUGCCCCAUUGCCGACACACAUUUCAUCUUGUGUGUAUUCGAAAGUGGUUUGUCAAACACAGUUCUUGCCCAUUGUGCAGAACCAAAUUAUCCAGAACGCGAAUCGCUACCGUAUGUAAAAUGGGAAGUCACAUGCAUAAUGUAAGUUAGUAUGGUACAGAACGCUAUUCUGCUAAUUGAUUCUUUUAUAAGUUUACUUAUACACAGGGUCUCAUUUAAAUGACAAUUCUCAUUUUUAGAAUUUAAUGAAAAUACAAAUUUUUUAUUUUCGCUUCGCCA